AAAAGAAAAGGAAAAAAGAAAAAACUUCCCGAAAUAUUUUGCAUCGAAUUCGAGUUUGAGCAUGGCUUAAGGAAUCUAGCAGCAGCUCCGGCGAUGGAAGCGGUGGCGGAAGGACUGUGGUCGCUGGCGGAGCAGCACGAGCAGCGGCGGGAGAUACGAGAGGCAGUCAAAUGCCUCGAAGCAAUUUGCCAAAGCCCGGUGUCGUUUCUCCCAAUCGUCGAAAUCAAAACGCGCCUCCGCCUCGCCGCUCUUCUUCUCAAGCAUUCGCACAACGUUAACCACGCGAAAUCUCACCUUGAGCGCUCCCAACUUCUGUUGAAGUCAAUUCCUUCUUGCUUUGAGCUGAAGUGCAGAGCUUAUAGUUUGUUGAGCCAAUGCUACCAUCUUGUAGGAGCAAUUCCUUCACAAAAACAAAUGCUUAACAAGGGUUUAGAACUUGCGGCCGUUUCUGGAGAGGGGUUUGCAGGGAAGUUAUGGUCUUGCAACUUCAACUCUCAGCUUGCAAAUGCCCUGAUAAUUGAGGGAGAUUACCAUGGGUCGGUUUCGGCUUUGCAACAAGGCCUUGCAAUUGCAGCAGAGAUGUUUUAUCCAGAAUUGCAGAUGUUUUUUGCUACUUCGAUAUUGCAUGUGCAUGUGAUUCAGUGGGACAGUACAAGUCUGGUAGAAGAGUCUGUGAAUGGAUGCAAUCUUAUAUGGGAAUCUAUUGAGCCUGAUAAAAAACAACAAUGCCUCGGUUUACUGUUUUACCAUGAGCUGCUGCAAUUGUUUUAUCUGCUACGGAUAUGUGACUACAAGACUGCUGCUCAACAUAUUGAUAAGUUGGAUGCUGUUAUGAAGUCUGACUUGCAAAGGAUGCAACACAUCCGUGACCUCACCAAUGAACUUGAGGCGUUAAAUCAAACUCUGUCACGCCCUGACUUGAACUACAAAGACAGGUCUGCUCUUUCUGAAAAACAAACUAAUCUUGAGGAACAACUUAGUAAUUACAGAGGAGAGACUUCAACUGGGAAAGAAACAUUGGAACCUGCAUAUUUUGGAAAUGUGAAGCGAGCAUGGACUGAAAAGCUGGAGCUGGCUCCGCCUCCUAUCGAUGGGGAAUGGUUGCCAAGAAGUGCAGUAUAUGCAUUGGUUGAUCUUAUGGUGGUUGUUUUCAGCCGGCCAAAAGGGCUUUUUAAGGACUGUCAGAAGAGGAUUGAAUCUGGGAUACAAAUCAUAGAAGAGGAGCUGGUGGAGUUAGGUAUUACUGAGGGGGUUACAGAAGUCGUGUUGCAACACUCUGCAAUUUGGAUGGCCGGUGUCUAUCUCAUGCUUCUAAUGCAGUUCCUCGAGAACAAAGUAGCAAUUGAGCUUACACGAAGUGAAUUUGUAGAAGCACAAGAGGCUCUGGUGCAGAUGAGAAGUUGGUUCAUAAGAUUUCCAACUAUCCUACAGGCUUGUGAGAGUAUCAUGGAGAUUCUAAGGGGCCAGUAUGCUCAUUCAGCUGGCUGUUAUGAUGACGCUGCUUUUCAUUUUCUUGAAGCAUCAAAGUUGACUCAGAGCAAAUCACUGCAAGCCAUGAGCCACAUUUAUGCAGCGGUCUCCUUUAUUUGUAUUGGGGAUGCUGAAUCUUCAUCAAAGGCUGUUGCUUUGAUCGGACCUGUUUUUGAUGUGAUAGAUUCUUUUAUAGGGGUGCGAGAAAAAACCACUGCACUGUACACUUAUGGAUUUCUACUCGUGAGGCAACAAAAUUUUCAAGAAGCCAGAAUCCGACUAGCCUCUGGCUUGCAGAUCACCCAUACUUAUUUGGGGAAUCUUCAACUCGUUUCGCAGUAUUUAACAGUGCUAGGGAACUUGGCACUGGCUCUACAUGACACUGGACAAGCUAGAGAAAUCUUAAGAUCUGCUCUAACUUUGGCAAAGAAGCUGAAUGACGUUCCAACACAGAACUGGGUGCUGUCAAAUAUGACAGCUUUAUACCAGCAAACAGGAGAGAGGGGAAGCGAAAUGGAGAACACUGCGUACCAGAGUAGGAAAGCAGAAGACUUGCAGCAAAGACUCAAUGCUGCGCGUUCAAAAGGUCAUCACGACGAACUGAUCGCCCGAGUGAAACUUCAAGUUCAUCAAUUGAGCGAACACGAGAUGAAGCGGGCGAUGGCUGGCCCUUCCAACACUAUCGACCUCGACAUCCCGGAAUCCAUCGGCCUUGCGGCUCCGUCGCCAAUGCCGUCUUCAGCUAGGCUGAUGGAUGUGGACAUUGGGAGGCUUGGCAAGAGAAGAUUAUAGUGUCCCACUAGGUGAGAUAGAGAACUUGAUUGAGCAUUCCAAAUUAUGGAAAUAAGGAAAGGCCAAAUGUCUUCAAGUUUAAAUUAAAUGUGCAAGUUCGAGUAGUAGCGUGUUCCUUUCUUUUUCUUUUUAAUAUGACAAAAAAAUCUGUAGGAAGUGUAGGUAAUGUAUUAUAGGUAAAUUUCGUUUUAUGUGUAAUAUAUGCGAGCUUAUUUUA